AUGUGGGAAUUGAUGGUUGAACUCGAGUCGAUGGCGCAAUUUGCGGCCGCCCACGAUCCAGAGUCCCAAGAAGCCGACGAGAAAACCAUCCGGAGGUGGCAGGAGCUCUUCGGUUACUCGUACUCUGAAGCCGCAGCAAAGAUCGAAAGCCACAGGCGGGACAUUUGCCGAAACCCUGUUUCCGACACCCACUGGGACUUGGUACACGUCGAAAAAGAGGCCCAAGGAUACGACAGGGAGGCCUACGAGCAUGCGUGCCAACUCUUUGUCUCGCAGCAGACUCGGACUCGACUCACCCGGCAAGACCUCCCCCGUCUUGUCCAUCAAGCCAGAGCCGUAUCGAACAGGUACCUCCUCAAGAUGGAGGGCCCUCUGCAUAGCAUUGACUCGAUCAAGGCAAUACCUUGUCUUUCAGACGGGGACACUGGCUUUUCAGAGCUUAGGCUGAUUGCUGGCACCGAUGAUUCGGGAUCCCCCGCAAACUUCUGCAUCGUCGACGCGAUUAUGAAGCACAGCAUUGAGAAAUGGCUUAGCUCAACCAAUUCACCAUUCCAAGCGACCUUUGUUCGGUACAGCAAGGCUGACAAGGCACUAUCGUCUGCUUCCCAUUUCCCGACGAUCGGGCGUGACACCACGCUGCCACAGCACCGGCUCGUUUCCGACUCGGCACCGCCGUCCCCCGCCCAAGACGAAUACCCGGUCUGGUAUUUCUUUUAUGGGACACUGGUCAAUCCUGAUGUUCUUAGGCGGGUUCUCUCCCUGGACGAUGACGCGAAGCCUCCUAUAUAUCGCCCUGCGAGGAUCACAGGAGGCGCCUUACUGGUGUGGGGCGGGAAGUACCUGGCUCUAGUGGAUGCCACCGAGAGGUCCACAGUCGAGGGAUAUGCGUUCUUGGUCCUCUCGAGCGAGCAAGAGGAUGCUCUUCGGUGUUAUGAGACGGACCAAUACGAGGUUGUGCGCUGCGAGAUUAGGAUGCUGGACAACGAUACGGCGGUAAAAGGCCUGACGUUCCGAUUCAUAUUUGCCUAA